CGGGCGGCUCGGAGGUCUGUGAUCACGGUUCUGCUCGCCUGAAACGGAGCACCGGAUCGCCACGCGCUCGCUGUAGGAACGGAAAGCGCCGCCGCAGCGCGUGCACAGUUUACCGAGAGUUACCGAGCAGAAAGAGACGAGCGGAGCGGAGCCGAGCGAUGGUGGAUAACAGCGGCAGCGGCAAAACACAGAUGGAGGCUGGUUUGGGUGGGUUCCCCCACAGCGGCUCCGCAGGAGUGAAGCUGGAGCAGAUGAUGGAGCAGCUGCAGCGGCAGCAGCAGGCGCGUCUGGAGAUGGAGCACAAGGAGCGCAGGCUGCGUGAAGCUCACAUCAUGUACGCGCAGCAGCUCGCGGCUCAGCAGGCCGUUCUGGCCGCCGCUCGGGCUUCAGGGGCCGGGUUCAUGAGCAAGAGCCUCGGCACUUCUGGGGCCGGACAUCCGUCCCUUGUCUCUAAUCAAAGCAGUUUGGACUCAGAACCCGAGGACGAGGAGGACCGGCGCCGAGACUCAGACGAGGAUGAUGAUGAUGGGAUGAUGGAGGGGGAUGAAGGCAGCGAGGAGGAAGCCAGCGGGUUGGAGUUCCUCAGGAAGCAGACGCUGGCGCUGCAGCAGGGAGCCAUCCGUCGGCCCUUCGGGAGCUUCUCGGGCCCCGGGGCCACCACAGACGCACAGAGAGCUCCGUCACCCACCGUCAGGAUCAAACAGGAGCCCGAGGACGAUCUCUCACCCGUCGGGCGACCCUCAGCAUCUUCUCCUAACGGUCAAGCGGACUGGAGCUACGAGGAUCACUUUAAAGUGAACGGCGGUGUAUCCUGGUCGGAUGAUGCGGAUGUUGCUCGUGGAAGAGGGGAAGCAUCCAGAGAUUUCGCCAAGUUAUAUGAGCUGGAUAACGACCCGCACAGGAAGGAGUUCCUGGACGACCUUUUCACCUUCAUGCAGAAACGAGGGACUCCGGUGAACAGGAUCCCCAUCAUGGCGAAGCAGGUUCUGGAUCUGUACAUGCUGUACAAGCUGGUGACGGAGAAGGGCGGACUGGUGGAGGUCAUCAACAAGAAGAUCUGGAGAGAGAUCACCAGGGGUCUCAACCUGCCCACGUCCAUCACCAGCGCCGCAUUCACGCUCCGCACACAGUAUAUGAAGUAUCUGUAUCCGUACGAGUGCGAGCGGAAAGCGUUGAGUUCUCCCAGCGAGCUGCAGGCUGCUAUCGACAGCAACCGGCGCGAAGGCCGUCGACCCAGUUACAGCAACAGCCUGUUCCGGUUUAGCCCCUCCCCUGGCUCCGCCCCUCACAUCCUGACCCCGCCUAAGAUGCAUCUGUCAGCGCUGGGAGCCAUGGGGGCCCUGAACGGACUGCAGGCGUCCCCGGGGCCGUCUCUGAAGAAGGGACUGGACGAUGCUGUCUCGUCUCUGCUGGCGGGCCGCUCGUCCUCCGUGGCGCUGGUGUUGGGGCAGCAGCAGGCGGCGGGUCUGGCGCGGGCCGCGACACUGGAGCAGCUCCGAGAGAAGCUGGAGAUGGAGGCUCCGGAGAGAAAGAUGCUGCGUCUGGCCGAGGAGCAGCAGAGACUCAUGCAGCAGGCCUUCCAGCACAACCUGCUCGCCAUGGCCUCGCAGAUCCCCGUCAACCUGCGGCCCGGAGCUCUGGCCAGGGAUGAGAAGCAGGAUCUGUCCGUGAGUAUUUCCUCCAGCGGAGCGGCGAGUGUCAGUGUGUCGGUGGAAGUCAACGGCAUCGUUUACUCAGGAACUCUGUUGGCCCAGAAGUCGGCGGCUGCGAGUGUGAAUGUGCCUCACGCUCCUCCAGCGGGACCCAGCUUCACCUUCUCUAGCUCCGGCCUCAGCCAAAGCCCCGCCUCUUCCUCCUCCUCCAAGGGGCGGAGCUCCCCGUAACCGUCUGCCGGUUGGCUCUCAAGUCACUGAUUGCUGAAAAUCAAACUGUUGCACAACCAGUACCUCAUUUUCUCCUGUCCACAUCAUGUUUGCAGACAUACGGUCAAAAGUUUGGGAUCAGAACAAUUUUUAAUGUUUUUUACAGGAGUUUCUUCUGCUCAUCAAGGCUGCAUUUAUUUGAUAAAAAAAAUGUAUAUUGUGAAAUAUUAUU